GCUCUGACGCCUUCCCCAUUCGGAUCCAGACCGAUCGGUGUCCCGAUUUAGAAGGUCCUUCAGAUCCCCCGGGCCGUACGAGACUAGUGCAUCGAAGGUGCAAGGAAAGUCACCAAAACCAGUGGUCGCCGCCGACAAAUCCUCAAGACCCGCAAGAUGAAGUUCAACCCUGGUUAGUUUGUCUCUCUGGAUCCUGCUGAUACAUCCUCCUCCCGGCGCAAGUCGCGCAAGGCGCACUUCGCGGCCCCCUCCUCCAUUCGCCGCAAAAUCAUGUCCUCUGCUCUCGCGAAGGAGCUCCGCGCCAAAUACAACACCCGAUCACUACCGGUGCGCAAGGACGACGAGGUUCGGAUUGUGCGGGGAAAGUACAAGGGUCGGGAAGGCAAGGUCACCCAAGUGUACCGCAAGAAAUGGGUCAUCCACGUAGACCGUGUUCAGCGUGACAAGUCCAAUGGUGCUUCGACUCCCAUUGGCAUUCACCCCAGCAAUGUCAUUAUCACCACCAUCAAACUUGACAAGGACAGGCGGGCAAUUCUUGAGCGCAAAGACCGGAAGAAGGCUGCAUCAAGCAGGACGGGUGAGGAUGUCGAGAUGGUCGACUAACCGUCUAUUGGGCUUUUAUAUCUUACGUUCCUUCUGGCUUUCGCAUUGCAUCUCAAAACGUCAUAUGUAUGUAUGCGCACUCACGCACCCGAUAUGCUACAUGAAGCUAUCUACCAUGCUUUUUCCGCCAUGAAAAGUUCGUCUGGUGGUUGGAUAUGUUGCUCCUUGUCAGUUUUCGGCUGCAAUACACAUCCAUGCCGGUCUCGUUACUCGUUAUCAUACGGCUCUCCAGCUAUGCAAAAGGAAGUCCAUCCGAGUGUGAUAAUAUACAGUGCGAGCUUAGAAAAUAAUGUCUUCGUCUUUGGUGUCUAUCAGGUCACCGCCACCCCCUCCAAUCUGAAUAUCCUCAACCUCGAUGUAUCGCUCUGCUGCAGCUUUUCGCAGAGCUUCUGAUGCUUCUGCAUCUCGUUUCUUUUUGCCUUGUACCUUCUUAAGUCUGAAACACCUAGCAUUAGUCUUGUUGAGGUCUGGUGAACAUUGACCAGCUCACCGGAAGAACUCCUCUCGAUCCAUUUCGUCCAAUUCGCUAGCAAUAUACUUGAUUGUGUUGUCAAGACGUGGUAUGAUGACAUGUUCGAUAGCAUUCACGCGACGAUUCGUUGCACGGAUGACUUCAUCGAGGAUGGUGAAAGCAGUCUGCAAUGAUGCAAGUUCCACCAGGGUCUCAACUGCCUUGGCAUACACCUCCUUUGAUCGAAGUACUUGCUGACCACCUCGUCCGAGACCAGUGAGAUUGAAGUCUAUGAAUAUACGUCGUAAGCAAUCCUGGUAAGAGAGUAUGCAACGCGCGAACCUGAUCCCUGUACACGAUCAACUUCGAAAGCGGGCAGGAUGACACCAGAUACGUUGUCCUGUUUCGCUUUGACCUUGAAAGUCGCCGACUUUGCUUGUUCUUGCACCAAAUAAGAUAUGUCACCGGU